GCCGUCGGCCUGCAGUUUUCGUCGGUGAGCGUCGCAAAAAGUUUCUUGAUUCGGUCUGUCGCUGUCGUAAACUUUUCGCGUUUUUCGGUAGAAAAUAGUGUCCUAAUCCGUUUAAUUUAAUCGGUUCGUGUUCGGGAAGUGCCACACGUUGAUUUAAAACUAUGAACCGGCGCCGUGCUUACGAGGAUGAUGGCGAUUUUUACGGUGAACGGACCCGGAAACGUCGCCGGGUGUCGGAGAACCAGGAGAUGGAAGAGCGUUUGGAGACGCUGAUUUUGAGAGUCGGUGAGAACAGCUCCUCUUCGCUGGAGUCCAAUUUGGAGGGAUUGGUUUCAGUUUUGGAAUCGGAUUUGGGAAACUUUCGGAGCAAGAUUUUGAGGAUCCUGUCGGAGUGUCCGAUCAAGAUGCCGGAGAAGUGUACCAUUUAUUCGACAAUGGUUGGGCUGAUGAAUGCCAAGAACUAUAACUUUGGCGGCGAGUUCGUUGACCAUAUGGUGAAAACGUUCAAGGAGAGCUUGAAGCAAUGCCGAUGGGAUGCGGCUCGCUAUGCGUUGAGAUUUCUUUCGGAUUUGGUGAAUUGCCACGUUAUCUCGACGAAUUCGCUGCUCCAAUUGUUGGAUAACAUGGUGGAUGCGGCCAAUGAAGAUUCGGUUCCACAAGUUCGUCGAGAUUGGUACGUUUUUGCAGUACUCUCUACUCUGCCAUGGGUUGGAAGAGAAUUGUACGAAAAGAAGGAAUCGGCUUUGGAGAACCUGUUGGUGAGAAUUGAAGUGUUCCUGAACAAGAGAACGAAGAAACAUCACAAUUCUUUGCGAGUGUGGUCCGUUGAUGCUCCGCAUCCCCAGGAAGAAUAUUUGGACUGCCUUUGGGCCCAGAUCCGGAAGCUACGCCAAGAUAACUGGGCUGAGAAGCACAUCCCCAGGCCUUAUCUCGCAUUCGAUUCGGUACUGUGCGAAGCUCUUCAGCACAAUUUGCCGCUGAUCCAUCCACCACCGCAUCAGGAUUCAUUCGAAUAUCCAAUGCCGUGGGUCGUCUAUCGUAUGUUCGACUACACCGAUUGUCCGGCUGGACCCAUCCUCCCGGGAGCGCAUUCAAUCGAAAGAUUUCUCAUUGAGGAGCAUUUGCAUUCGAUCAUCGAAUCCCACCACUGGGAACGCAAAGAUUGUGCGGCCAAUCUGCUGAACCUUUCCUACAAGGACAAAAUCCCCUUGGAGUACUGCAUUGUCGAGGUUAUUUUCGCAGAAUUGUUCAAAAUGCCCACCCCUCGUUAUUUGGACAUUUGUUACGGAUCCAUUUUAAUCGAACUGUGCAAGCUACAACCGUCAAAGAUGCCGCAGGUACUUGCUCAGGCCACGGAAAUCCUGUUCAUGAGAAUCGAUUCGAUGAAUACGAGCUGUUUCGAUCGGUUCGCCAACUGGUUCUCGUACCAUCUGAGCAACUUCCAGUUCCGUUGGAGCUGGGACGAUUGGGAUAGCUGUUUGCUGCUGGAACCGGAGCAUCCGAGACCGAAGUUUAUCGAGGAGGUGCUGCUGAAGUGCUUGAGGUUGUCGUAUCACGAUCGCUUCAAGGAGAUGAUGCCGGAGACUUACUCCAAGCUCCUCCCGAAGCCACCGAUGCCGACUUACAAGUACACGAUGGACGGUGCCGCAUCGCUACCAGGAACUGCAACCGCCCACAAGUUGGUGGUCGCCAUCCGCCAGAAGUGCACUCCGGAAGAUGUGCUCAACGAGCUGAAGGAUUUGCCCAACCCUCGGGAGACCUCCGAGAACGAUAUGGUCGAGUCGACUUUUAACCCACUGAAGAUCGACGUAUUUGUGCAGACACUGCUGAAUCUGGGAUCGAAGAGCUUCUCCCAUACGUUUGCCGCUAUCUCUAAGUUCCAUCUCGUGUUCAAGUCACUGGCCGAAACAGAGGAAGCUCAGAUCUGCAUUCUGCACAACGUGUUCGAACUGUGGGUCAAUCACCAACAGAUGAUGGUGGUGAUUAUCGAUAAGCUGCUGAAGACUCAGAUCGUCGAAUGUUCGGCCGUCGCCACGUGGGUCUUCUCGAAGGAAAUGGUCGGCGAGUUCACCAAGAUGUACCUGUGGGAGAUUCUACACUUGACGAUCAAAAAGAUGAACCAACAUGUCACCAAAUUGAGCAAAGAAUUGAGCGAUGCCAAAGAACGUUUGGAUCGCAACGCUGAAUCUUCAUCGAGCGAAUCGGAGGAGGAGACGGCCGCGGCCGGAGCGGACGCUGCCGCCACGCCGCAGCGUCGCCGAAAGAAGCCGAUCGGUGACAAUUCUGACAAACCCACGGAGGAGCAGGUGGAACGAAUGGAGGAAAAGUUGGAGGCCGCUUACGUCGACCAGAAGCGACUGUUUUUGAUCAUUUUCCAGCGAUUCAUUAUGAUCUUGUCCGAACAUCUGGUCAAGUGCGACACCGAUGGAAGGGACUAUGAUACCGAUUGGUAUCGUUGGACGGUUGGAAGACUGCAGCAGGUGUUCAUGAUGCACCAUGAACAAGUUAAGAAAUACAGUAGUACAUUGGAGAGUCUCCUGUUCACAUCCGAUAUCGAUCCUCAUAUACUGGAUGUGUUCCAUCAGUUCACGGCACUUAGAUCGUAAGAUGUCCAGACAUAGGCUAAGUCCUUAUUAUAAUUACUAGAUCUAUCCCCAUUUAACCAGGUAAGUGAAAGUAAUAUAACAGUUAAAACAAGUGAAAGAUUGGAAUAUUGUGCAGAAACAUCGUGUCUGACAGCUUUGACUUUAGGAUUUGAAUUAUGACAAGUUGCUAUUGGUAUGUAAGAAGGGACAAGAAGAUGUUAAGACAUUUUGAACAAAGGUUGAUAGGAAGUUAUGUCAAUGCACUUUUUAAACCAAUAUGAACAAUCUUUAGUUGAACUGUA